AUGGGGGCUUAUUCAUUCUCGACAAACCCCAAGCUGCAGUGGAUUGAUGAGAUACCUGAUAUACAGAACUGGGGGGGGAUACCACAAUGCCUCAACAGCCACCCGGGAGCGAUCACUGCGCUUGCUGCUGCCCAACAAGGCAGGAUUCUAGCAUCUGUCUGCCGCGACGGUGCGCUGCGUAUAUGGGAUCUAACAACAAGACAAUGUCUGAGAACUUUGAGGGAACCUUCCCCGACUGCAUCAGUUAACUCCGUUGCCUUCGUCGAGAACGAGACAAUCCUGGUGACCACUGCAACUGACUGCAUAGCGCAAUUAUGGGACCCCGCCACAGGGCAGUGUCUUCAGACUCUCGAGGGCUAUACCGACCUACCCACUACAGUAAUGUUCGUCGAGGGCAGAAUGCUACUUUCCGCCUGUUAUGACUCGCAAGUACAGCUGUGGGACCCGGUGACCAGUCAGUGUGUGCGGACACUCAAAGGCCAUGUCUGUCCCGUCAGGGCUACCACCGCCACUACCGACAGCAAGAUUCUAGCAACGUGCUCCAGCGAUGGCACAGUACAGCUCUGGAAUCCGGCCACCGGUGAGCGUCUGCACAGACUCACUGGCCACACUGCCUCCACCGCAGAUGUCGCCUUCAGCCACGAUAACAACAUACUAGCCUCAUCCUCCAGCGACGGCACCGUGCGACUCUGGGACCCCCAGACUGGAAGGUGUCUCCACACCCUUGAAGGCCACACCAAGACCGUCACCUCCGUCCACUUCAGUCCGGAUGAUAAAGUCCUUGCAUCCUCCUCUCACGAUUGCACCGUGCGACUCUGGGAUCUACAGUCCGGGGAUUGUCUCCAAGUAAUCAAGGGUCACCGUGGUUGGGUGAAAUGUUUGGCUUUCACCCCAAAUAGCAGGACUCUAGCAACCGGUUCAACAGAUAGGAACGUGCAACUGUGGGAUGUCAGCACUGGACAUUGUUUGCAAACGCUCAAGGAACAUUCUGGAUGUGUUUCGGAUAUUAUCUUCACCCAGGGUGGUCAUUUUCUAGUGACCGGGUCUUGGGAUAACACAAUUCGACUGUGGGAUUUGGGUGGAAGACUUGGGUCGGUUGGUGAAUGUUGGAAUCCGGUGUGCUGUCACUCAACUUCAUCUUUGGGGGGGGUAAGGGAAUGA